UUCGAUUCUUCCCACCACUCUCCACCGCCGCUCCCGCAUCGCGUCCUCCGCCCAUGGCCGCCGCCACCACCGCCACCUCCGCCUCCUCAUCCACCUCCCAGAACCCUAACCCCUUCAACCUCCCGCCAUGGCUCCGCUGCCCCUUCAACUUCCUCUGCCCGCCCCCGCCGGCCCCUCCUCCCCCGCCGCCUCCCCCUCCGCCGCCGCCGGUGGCGGCCCCGGAGGCGGUGGCGCCGCGGUGGAGGCGCCCGGGGCUCCGGGUCACCACGGAGUACGACAGCGACGAGGCCUUGUUCGCGCACAAGGUGUCGUGCAAGCUCGCCGGCGGGCUCGCCAAGCUGCGGCUCUCGUUCCAGAGCGACCCGCAGGGGCAGGGGGAGGGCGACCCGCGGCAGCUCUUCGCCUCGCCCGUGGUGGGGCUCAUCGGCAAGAACUUCGCCGUGCUGUACGACGUCGAGGCCCGCAACGCGCUGCUCCGCGGGGAAGCCUCCCUCCCCGGCGGCGCCGUCCAGCUCCGCGGCUCGCACGAUGUGAAGGAGAAACAAGGAGAAGUCGCAGUGAUCACUAGGCUGGGGGAUCCAUCUUAUAAACUUGAGCUAUCAUCGUUGGUGCCUUACAAUGGUCUGCCAAGAGCAACCUUCCACUUUCCUAUUGGUCAAGUUUCAGUUGAAGAGAUUAGAAAUGAAGACGAGAAAAACCUGUCUCUUUCUGGGAUUGCAAAAUCUGAUUUCUUGGACGGCAUUCUUACUGCCCAGUACUAUGAAAAUGAUCUUAAUCUAAGAUAUUGUUAUAAGGACGAUGAGCUAACUUUAAUUCCCAGUGUAUCCCUGCCUUCCAAUGCAGUAUCCUUAGACUUCAAAAGGCGGUUUAGUCCUUCUGAUAAGUUGAGCUAUCGUUAUAACUUCUAUACUGAUUACUGGAAUGCUGUUUAUAAGCACACAGUUGGUAAAAAUUUCAAAGUGAAAACUGGUUAUGAUUCUGAGGUGCGAGUUGGAUGGGCUUCCCUUUGGGUGGGGCAAGAAGACGGCAAAGCAAAGACCGCACCGAUGAAGACGAAACUUCAGCUCAUGCUUCAAGUUCCUCAGGACAAUUUCCGGAAUCCCACCUUCCUAUUCCGUGUGAAGAAAAGGUGGGACCUGUAGCUUGGUGCAGUACUCCCCUUGUAUGGAGAUACCAGUGUUGGCCUGUUGGGUACUCAGGCUUUGGCCACCAACAUUUUGUUGUAAGCUGCGUAGGACAUCAAUCGCUAAAUACCCCAUGGAGCAUUUCCAAUUUUUAUGAUGUUAAUUCUGCCUACUGUACAUAACGGUCAUCGGUCCAAAAUGAAUCAAUCUGCGUCCAAUUUUUUCA